AUGCCCACAGAUGCUUGGGGAAGACCCUCGCUCUCGGUCGUCAUCUCGGCCGGUCAGCCCCGAGACAAAAACUCCAGAGUUCGCGAGGUCGCGGUCGUCGUGCACGGUCUCACGGAUUCAGAGAAAAGAGACGGAAUUCUCUUCGUCUACGAGGAUAUGAGACGCACAAAGGAACUCGCUAGGCUGCCCCUGCGAGAAUCCAUCGCUGAAGAGAAUCUCGGUUCGAUCAAAGUUCCGACGGGCCUCAAAUUUGAUCCAACCUGGUGGCGACCUGACAGCUUCCCGACGGGCAACAUCACCUAUUACAGCAAUAUUAGGGUUCUGAACAGAGUUGUCGUCGAAGGUUGCCUGAGAGUACAGCCGCGUUGGAUGGAAGAGCUCCUGCCGGAGAUUCGGAGGCUCGCGUUGUUCGACAUGGCCAUACCUUCCACCCACCAAUCCGGUGCUUACAAAAUAUUCAAAGGUCAAAAUAUCGUAAACCGCUACCGGGACUGCCAGGAAGAAGACGUUUUCACGCAAUUGCUCUACGGGAUCCGAGCUCUAGACUUACGGCCGGCAGCAACAAAAAACGCGAGUUCCGCAUACGAGGGAUUCGACUACUGGAUUUACCACCAUCGUUUCCCCACGAAAAAUAGCGUCAAGUCUAUUCUCGAGGAUGUCAGGAGUUUCUUGGACCUGUUCCCAAAUGAGGUCGUUUUCGUGGAUUUCCAUGAGUUCCCCUCGGGCUUCAAGAACUCUUCAUCCUUCAGGGGCCUGGAGAAACUUGUAGUUGAGGUUCUAGGUCAUCAUAUCUACACGAAGGACCGGACAUAUCCAGCGUUCGCUACGUUAGAAAAUGUCGUCCAAGGAGGGAAACGGGCGAUCGUGACCUUCGAACGGAACGAUGAUCUCAAGGAUCGAUACUACUCAGGAAUUCGACACAUCUGGGGCAACACGGACAAACUGGAUAAGCUCAAGCGGAUAAUCACGGAUCGUCAGAUCCAGUGGAAGCACCAGAGAUGGUUCUUCAACGCAAUGGCUCAGACAACGGCGCAGGGCGCGUGGUCCGUCAUAUCGGACAAGUAUCGUGGGGGCGUCCGAGGCAUUGCCCACCGAGACAACUUUGACAUCUCGACCUGGUUCAGACACGACAGGGACGCACGGACUUACUCGAACUUCAUCGCAGUAGACUACUUCCUGAGCACCGACAUCGUCGAUCUGUGUAAAGAUAUUAACUUAGAGAGAGCGCACACUUGA